AGACGUCAUCACGCGUUGCCAGGUUGCCUGACUGGACUGGGAAGUGAGGAGGAGGAAGGUGCCGAUGGCCGGGCCAUGACCGACCGCGAGAACAACAACAGCAGUGGCGGCGGCAUCUCCGGGAACCCCUUCGCCGCCCUCUUCGGCUCCCUCGCCGACGCCGAGCUCUUCGCCCAGAGGCAGCAGCAGCGGCAGGCCUCGCAGGCCCCGCAGGCCUCCGUGGAGGAGGCCUCCGCCAGCCAGGAUGACUCCGACAACAGCGUCACUGAGAGCCUGGACGACUGCGACUACUCCUUGGCCGAGAUCAACCGCUCCUUCCGCUCCCAGCAGGAGCUCUGCGAGCAGCUCAACAUCAACCACAUGAUCCAGAGGAUCUUCCUCAUCACCCUGGACAACAGUGACCCCAGCCUGAAAAGUGGCAAUGGGAUCCCCGCCCGCUGUGUGUACUUGGAGGAAAUGGCCAAUGACCUGGAGGACCAGGACUGGCUGGACAUGGAGAAUGUGGAGCAGGCCCUCUUCAACCGACUGUUGCUUCCGGAGCCUGGAAACCAUCUCAUCAACAUGACCUCAGCCGGUAUCCAGAAUCUCUCGGCUGAAAGAGACGCAGGCGAGAAGAACAUCCUCCGCUACCUCUUUGCCUGCUUCCAGAGGGCCAAGGAGGAGAUCACCAAAGUGCCGGAGAACCUGCUGCCCUUCGCAGUGCGCUGCCGGAACCUGACCGUGUCCAACACUCGCACCGUCUUCCUCACCCCGGAGAUUUAUGUCAACCAGAAUGUCUACGAACAGCUACUGGACUUGAUGCUGGAGUCCCUGAGAGGAGCCUACUUUGAAGAGGUAACGGAGUUCCUCGAGGAAGUGAUCGAGGUCAUCAUUGCGGACGAGGAAGUGCGGACUUUUGAGGAAGUGAUGGUGCCCGUCUUUGACAUCCUCUUGGGCCGGAUCCGGGAGCUGCACCUUUGCCAGAUCCUGCUCUACUCCUACCUGGACCUGAUCCUGUACUUCACCAGGCAGAAGGAGAUCGCAGCGAUUUUUGUGGAAUACAUCCAGCCCAAGGACCCAGCCAACGGGCAGCUCUACCAGAAGACCCUCCUGGGAGCCCUCCUGAGCAUCUCCUGUUUGCUGAAGACCCCUGGGGUGGUGGAGAACCAUGGCUACUUCCUGAACCCCUCUCGGUCCAGCCCCCAGGAGAUCAAGGUCCAGGAGUCCAACAUCCACCAGUUCAUGGCUCAGUUCCAUGAGAAGAUCUACCAGAUGCUGAAGAACCUGCUGCAGCUCUCGCCUCAGACCAAGCACCGGAUCCUAUCCUGGCUGGGCAACUGCCUCCAGGCCAACGCGGGCCGCACCAAGAUCUGGGCCAACCAGAUGCCGGAGAUCUUCUUCCAGAUGUACGCCUCGGACGCCUUCUUCCUCAACCUGGGGGCCGCCCUCCUCCGGCUCUGCCAGCCCUUCUGCAAGCCCCGCUCUCCCCGGCUGCUGACGUUUGACCCCACCUACUGCGCUCUGAAGGAGUUGAACGAGGAGGAGCAGAAGAGCAGGAACGUGCACAUCCGGGGUUUGGAGAAGGAAACCUGCCUGAUCCCAUCCACAGUGGAGCCAGAGUUCGCCCCCACCUACAACCUGGUGACAGAGAACCUGGUGCUGACGCAGUAUACGCUCCACUUAGGAUUUCACAGGUUGCACGACCAGAUGAUCAAACUCAACCAGAGCCUCCACCGGCUGCAGGUGGCCUGGAGAGAGGCCCAGCAGAGCUCCAGCCCCUCGGCAGACAACCUUCGGGAGCAGUUUGAGCGCCUCAUGACCAUCUAUCUCUCCACCAAAGCGGCCAUGACGGAGCCGCAGAUGCUGCAGAACUGCCUCCACCUGCAGGUCUCCAUGGCUGUGCUCCUGGUCCAGCUGGCCAUCGGGAACCGGGGGCCAGAGCCGAUGGAGCUGACCUUCCCCCUGCCGGAUGUGAAUCACAGCGUGCUGGCCUAUGUCCCGGAGUUCUUUGCCGACAACUUGGGUGACUUCUUCAUCUUCCUGCGCCGCUUCGCUGAUGACCUCCUGGAGACUUCAGCCGACCUCCUGGAGCAAGUCCUUCAUUUUGUGACCGUUUUCACUGGAGACGUAGACAGGAUGAAGAACCCGCAUUUGCGGGCCAAGCUGGCCGAGGUGCUAGAGGCCGUCAUGCCCCACCUGGACCAGGCGCAGACCCCGCUCCUCUCCAGCGUCUUCCACCGCAAAAGGGUCUUCUGCUCCUACCCGCACGCCGCCUACCUCGCCGAGGCCCUCAUCAAGGUCUUUGUGGACAUUGAGUUCACCGGGGACCCCCACCAGUUUGAGCAGAAGUUCAACUACCGCAGGCCCAUGUACCCCAUCCUCCGGUACAUGUGGGACACCGACUCCUACCGGGAGAGUAUCAAGGCCCUGGCAGACUAUGCCUCGGAGAACCUGGAAGCUAUGAAUCCCCCGCUCUUCCUGCGCUUCCUCAACUUGCUCAUGAAUGAUGCCAUUUUCUUGCUGGAUGAGGCCAUACAGUACCUGAGCAAGAUCAAGAUCCAGCAGAUUGAGAAGGACCGGGGCGAAUGGGACAGCCUGUCCGCUGAGGCGCGGAGGGAGAAGGAGGCCAGCCUGCAGAUGUUUGGCCAGUUGGCCCGCUUCCACAACAUCAUGUCCAAUGAGACGAUCGGCACCCUGGCCUUCCUGACCUCGGAGAUCAAGUCCCUCUUUGUGCACCCCUUCCUGGCUGAGCGCAUCAUCUCCAUGCUCAACUACUUCCUCCAGCACCUGGUGGGCCCCAAAAUGGGUGCCUUGAAGGUCAAGGAUUUCAGCGAGUUUGACUUCAAGCCACAGCAGCUGGUGUCCGAUAUCUGCACUAUUUACUUAAACCUGGGAGGCGAGGAGAACUUCUGUGCCACGGUGCCCAAGGACGGGCGCUCUUAUUCCCCGACUCUCUUCGCCCAGACGGUUCGGGUCCUGAAGAAGAUCAACAAGCCCGGAAACAUGAUUGUGGCGUUCAGCAACCUGGCCGAGCAGAUCAAGUCCCUCGCUGACCGCCAGCUGCAGGAAGAGGAGACUUACGCGGACGCCUGCGACGAGUUCCUGGACCCCAUUAUGAGCACCCUCAUGACGGACCCGGUGCUGCUGCCUUCCUCCCGGGUGACCGUGGACAGGUCCACCAUCGCCCGGCACCUCCUUAGUGACCAGACGGACCCUUUCAACCGCAGCCCGCUCACCAUGGACCAGAUCAGGCCCAACACGGAGCUGAAGGAGCGCAUCCAGCAGUGGCUGGCCGAGCGGAAGAAGGAGAAGGAGCAGGCGGGAGGGGUCUUGUGACCCCUCUCUGGGGACUGUUCUGGGAUUUCGGUGAGAUCGGCGGGCAGGUGGGGUGGGGGUUUGUGCUUGGGCACCCCUUUUUGGUUUCUUGCCCCUUGGACUUUGCCACCAGCCGCCGGCUGCUCCCUCGCCCCCUUGGUUUGCCUCCUGCCCUGUUUCCGUGGCAGGGGACUUUUCCCCAGUUGGUUUCCUCCUGCGAGGCAGCCGCGACCGACCGUGGGCCGGCCUGUCUCUAUGCAAACCCAUACCUGGUGGGUGGAUGGAUGCCUGAGAAGAAGGAAGGAAGGAGCAUUGAGGGGUCCGCCACCCGCUUCCUCUUCCCCAUCCGCAGCUGCAAGAGGGGUGGCCCUGCAUCCUUCACCCCUUUCUCCCCAAAGCCUGAGCUUGAUUUCGGCCACGUGUCCCGCAAUAUCAUGCACGGGGCACCUGCUGUUGCAAGGAAUAGCCCCGGCCUGGGUCUGGGCCCGAAUGCUGCUGCUGGGGGAAGAGGCAGCCACGUGAGCCUUCCAGGCCUGCCUCCGGCCCUUACGCCAUGCCUGUUGCAUGUCCGUCCGCGUGCCACCGUGUGUGUACAGAGUGCGACGUCCACUUAGACCAAUAAAAGCGGCAGGUGCCCUGUUUCUUUGGAA